AUUGUUGUCUGGACCAACUGGGGUCAGUUCAAGGCCCAGACGAAGCAUACAACAGCCGAAGUCGCUCGCCGAUGUAAAGUUGAUGUCUUGUUGGAGAUGGUGUCGUUGUCGAUGUCUAUUUGGGAAUACACAGUGCUCCUCCUUCUACGGCCCCUCCUCGCCGUAACGUUCGUUCUCUUCUUAAUAUCCCUCGGUUGGUUUGUGGCGUGGAAACUGGUGCCGGUGCACGUGCCUCUGGUGCAAGAGGUUUUCGGCCUCAAGAAGAAAGCUGUUCGAGUGAAGCCCCCAACUGGUCGCUUCUCCAAAAUUUACGGCACCCUUCAUGCCAAAAACUCACCCUCCACUUCAUAACUUCUCUUUCUCUCCUCCUUUUAUAAAUUCUUUUUUUCUUUUGCUUUCACCCCCAUUGACAAUUUUAUAUAAUUG